AUGUAUUCGGGAAAUUCGGAAGAAGCCACAGAGUUUGAAAGGUACAUCACGGUCGACAAGCGCGACUUCUCUGUAGUAGAGCACUUACUGCGGAAGGGCCGCCGCCAGCUCGAGACGUACUCUUCACCAAGCAUCAAGGACAUCAGCCGAGUCUUCCGGGACUGCAACUGUAUUUCACCUUGUUCACCGCCCAUUCUUAAGUCCGAGCCGGCAUUAGCACACAAGGCAGCAGAGGACGUCUUGCGCAAGCCCAUAAGCCAGUCUGUCGAGAGCCUUCGUCGCCAGCAACGCAUGAUCGUAUACACCAAGCGCGCCAGCAGAGCCAGACUCCCAUCGGUCAAAGUUGCUCGCUCUCGGACGGCUGUGAAAUCUACCCGAAGAGCGAGCCAACCUGUCCCGAUUCUCGUCUCCCGGGAACGAGAGCUAGAAAGACUGCGCAGCAUUGUGGCCUCGGAUGCUCUUCAGCCCUUGACGCCGACUUCUCGAAGACGCAGCAGAGCGUCAGUACAACGGACGCCACCUGCGUGGUAUAUUGCAAUGAAUCCCUCCGCACAUGCCGGUCCUCGAUCGCCGAAACCACGGGGGGCCCCUUCUCGCCACCAACGCGCUGUUCCAACCCGGUCAUCAAGGUAUCGUCCCGUCCGUAGGAGGCCAGUUGCAGGUCCCUCGGGGUCCCCGAAACAGCCAAGAGCCCCCAGCUUUGUUGAGAGUCCAUCCAAAAUUGGAGACUACCCUCUGUCGGCCAUGGCGGAUCCUGGCCACACGUUCCAGCACCGCGAGUCGGUGGCUUCCCACGAGAGACGAUUCGGACCCCCGUCGAGAACUUCCAGCCGGCGCCGAGAAGUGAACCGCUUUGCCCGGCAACUGGAGAUCUACGCCGAACGCAGAGAGGCUGCGGGAAAGCUGCCUGUCUCUACACCGACGCCCGAGUCUGUUAUAUCGCUUCACACAGUUACAGCUCUUCUUCCGUAUAAGGAACAGUUCCAAGCUGCCGGUCUAGCAGUGACGUCUGAACAGCAGCGUCAAAAGUUGCCGCCUAAAACGUCUCUAACAAAGGAAGCGAGGACCAUGAAUGUACCAGACAUUAAAGCAGAGGCGAUCCCGACUCGCUCUAAGGAUACCCAAAAACAAAGUGAACCGGGCCACCUUCAUCUUAAUGGUUUGAGGAGCGCUUCAACGAGCUCAUCCGAUUCAUCGACUUCGGGGACGCAGGUUGACUUCGCACAACCAAACGCCUGGGAGCUCGCCUUUAUCGAUGAAGUGCCAGCCAAGAAGGAAAGCUCUGCUUUAAGAUGUUGCAACUUGCCUUGCUUCCCAAACACGAGAGACCAAUCGAUCGACAUGCCGGUGGGCCAACUACCUCCUGCUCCAACACUUACGACCAUUGACACGCCAAACAAGAUAUUGGCAAAGUGGCAACCAGUCUACCCCCAGAAGACAGAGGCACUGAAGGGUUGGCCCUCUCGAGAUGUUCGAGCUCAAACCUGGCACGGCGACACAGCUCAGCGUCCAUCAACCUACAGGCUACCCCGGGAAGGCCUCCCUCCUCGAAACGAGGUGGAAGCGCCGAGUCCAAAAAGCAAGCAUCCAAGGAAGACAGCACCCCGUGACUUGGAGAACGAUAAACCGCCUAUACCUACUAAGGCUCAAGCUCGUAUUAACUAUUCAAGAAAACAAUCAAAGCCGCCAAAGCGCGACUCUUCAGCCCCCAAGGGGAUACGUAAGCAGUCGCAGCAGGACGUUUUUCCAGACCAGGAAAACCUCCCACCACCAGGCAAAGUGUUAUCUCUCGCAUCCAGCAAACCAGUGCAAGCUGCCGUACUAUCUAAGUCGGAUGAGAACACUACCCAAGUGCAGGCCCAGGAGUCCCAUGAGGCCCGAAUGCCUACAGAAUCACAAGAACCAGAGGAAGUGGUGGACAAGCCUCUUCGAGUUUCGAUUAGGCAGCCUGAACGCAAGGCCAAAGAAAAAGCCGCUCUCCUAAACUUAUCUGCACAAACGGAGUUCGAGCAUCCACCGAUUUUCCAGUCCGGAAGGAUGUUCAGAAGCCGGCCAGGACCCCCCCAGCUCCCGGAAGUGGAAAGAAGAGAACGAUCAGCUCUGACGAGUCGCGGAACCAUCACGCCGAACCCUGCAUUACCAUCCACAUGGAAACUGACCUUGCGCUCAUCCUCAUCUCUGGAAGUGGCCAUGGAAGCCGCUUCUCGGGAAAUAGAGAGGGAAGAAGCUAGGCUAUCUGGGAACGAGGCAACCAUAGGACAAGAUUUAGCGGCGCUAGACGCACAAGCUCGCCCCAAUAUCACUUCAGAAGUCAAGCUUGACGAGCCACUUCUAAAACCCGUCGGCAAGGAACCUGUGUUAGCCUCUGAUGGACAAUCCGAGGAGGCACGCGAAAUAAUGCGAGGUAGCGAUAAUUCUGACCCCAAGGAGCAGGGCGACCAAGACAUUAAUGACAGAGAUGUUUUGCGAGGUCUUCACAUCGCCAUAUCGGCUGCUUGUGAUGAAGAGGUUGACGCAUGGAUUCGGAAAAAGACGGGUGUACGUAUUCGUCGAUUCUUGGCAGACUUGAAGGCCUUUGAAACGCUGGGGGAAGAGAACCAACUUGAUCCAGCCAAGGAAAGCGCGAGGAACAGGAGAGCCGACUCGCGGAAACUCAAGGCACAAAUCCGACAAUCUAGAGCUGCUAGGGAGGCGAGAGCCGCGCAUUGA